AGGAGUUGCCGCUCAUUUACUACCAGAUCCACGAGAAGUUUAGAGACGAAAAGAGACCACGGAUGGGGCUUCUUCGUUCCAGAGAAUUCUUGAUGAAGGAUGCUUACUCUUUUGACGUUAACGAGCACGAAGCCAUGAAAUCGUACCACAAGAUGGUUGGGGUCUACCAUGAUAUCUUCAGCGAUUUGAGGAUCCCGUACGUCAAAGCAGUGGCCGAUUCGGGUGAUAUUGGGGGCUCUUUGAGCCAUGAAUGGCAUUAUUUGCAUGCUUCUGGAGAAGAUACGGUUUUCACCUGUUCACACUCGGAGUGUGGCAACGUCUCCAACAUCGAGAAGACUCUCUCUGUCCCGGAAACUAUAGUUGAAUGUGAGACCGAGCUGCGUUUCUUACAGGUGGGUGAAGUUGAGUAUAUCAAGGUGGUUUAUCCUAAAGAUCGACACUUUGAUAUUAACUUGUUGAAACACAAAUACCCCAAAAUCCAAGAAAUCCGCCACACCCCAGAGUCUUAUACGGUUGUAGAGGAUUCAAGAGUGUCUCCACACGGAUUGCCAAUGGUGUUGAGUGAAGAAGGAGAAGUGUGUUUUGAGUGCAAAUCCGGCAAGCUCUUCAAGAAAAGAGCAAUUGAAGUGGGCCACACCUUCUAUUUGGGAACCAAGUACUCCAAUCCUUUAGGGCUCACAGCAAAGGUUCCGGAAGGCGAUAAACUCGUAGAAAGAGACGUGGUGAUGGGAUGUUACGGUAUUGGUCUCAGCAGAAUCAUAGCCAGUAUUGCUGAAAUCACCAGAGACAGCCAAGGGUUUGUUUGGCCGCGCAUCAUUAGUCCUUGGAAUGUGACAGUGGUGGAGUCCAAUACGCUUUCUGAAGAUCCCAGUGAGAUAUACGAUCUGUUGAAUAAAGCCCAAGUUGAUUACCGACAAGAUAACCGUACAAAUGUGAAUAUGGGCCGGAAAAUUAGCCAUAGUAACAUGAUCGGAAUCCCCUUGUCGAUAAUUUUGGGCAAGAAGUUUCCUCUUAUAGAGAUUGAGAUUAGAGGCAAAAGAUAUGGAGAAGAUCUCGCGUGGAAACAGCUUUACCACACAAAAUCAUUUGAAUGGCAUGUACUGACCCACGGAGGCGUGGAAAAACACCUUGUAGAUAAAGAUGGGCUCAUUGCCGUACUCCAAGCAUUGUUGAUAGACAUGUAAAUAGUGAAGUUGAAAUAUACAUUUUCCAUUAAACGAUUUUAAGAUGUAAACUUACCGGUGAUCUUGGCAAAAACAUGCAAGAUGAUGACAGAGAAGAUGAACCCAACCGCCAAGAACAACACCACCAAAGGAUCAACCCUCAAACCUUGAGCUUCAUCGGUGAACAACUUCAACAUAGUAGCAGAUGAACCACCAGCACCUGCGGAUCUAGUUGAGACUGGGUUGGCGUUGGUAGCUUGGGCUUUCUUUUCGGCGGUGGUUUUUCUCUUAGCAGCGCUUCUCAAGCCCCCUGGGGCCACAGAUGACGAAGAUGCAGACUUUGAUUGAUGUAAACUUGUCAGAUAUUUGGACAAUUAAUAC